UGUUUGGCGACCCAAGGCCGGCGAGGACGCCACUGGGGUGGGGCAGGCGGUGUCCUAGUAUAAAUGCUGAGGAAUGAGCCACACACAACAUCUUCCACACUCAAACUCCCAACCAACAACAUGAAGGCUUUCCUGGUUAUCUCCGCCCUCGUGGCCGCUUGCAGCGCCGCUCCCACCGUCCUCAACGGUCUGGUCAACCCUCUGGCCUACAGCGGCCUGGCCCACCCUCUGGCCUACAAUGGCCUGGCCUACAACGGUUUGGCCUACAACGGUCUGGCCUACAACGGCCUGGUCGGCGCCCCCGUGGUCAGGCUGGCCGAGGAUGGACAGUACAGGACCGGACUUUUGGACAGCGCCAUCGACCUGCGUGGACAGUACGUCGCUGACGACGAGGGUUCCUACAAGGCCGACGAUGAGGGAUCUUACAAGGCCGACGAUGAGGGAUCUUACAAGCCCGACGAUGAGGGUUCUUACAAGCCCGAUGCCGAGGGUGCCUACGAUGCCGCUGCCGCCCACGCCAAGGAGGCCCUCUCUGAGGAUGGCUCCUACAAGGGUGAGCCCCUGCACACCGCCAUCGCCGCCGGCAUCGUCAAGCCCGUCGCUUACGCCGCUGCCCCCAUCGCCUACGCUGCCGCCCCCGUCGCCGCUCCCCUCGCUUACGCCGCUGCCCCCGCCGUCCGCACCAUCGCUGCUCCCUGGGCCGUCAACCCUCUGGCCUACCACGCUCCUGCCGUCCUCUCCCUGAAGUAAAUUUCGCGCCCACCGCGAGAUUUCUUCUUCACGUCUGAAUCCCAACAACUGUUAGAUGCUGCAUAUAUAAAUAGGAUGGAUGGAUGAAUGAGCGCGCACCUGCUUGCCCGGGAAAGUCUGCGUGUCCCGCGAUUACUGCCUUUAUUUGUCUUCUCAACUGCUUGCCACCUUCAAUGUCAACAUUUCUUGAUUUGAAUGUUUUGGCGACCAAUGUCAGUCAUGUUUCCUCUUGAAUAAAGCCAGUAGUCGUGUUUUGACUGUGGAAAACUA